UUGAUAAAAAUGAUAUGUGCCAAGUUAUCAUAAAAAGAAAAGGAACAGAGCAAAAAUGUGGGAAAGAGUAUACUUAUGAUGAGUUAAUAUCUAAUAUGAUUACUCAUUUAUAUUCAGAUCAUAGCAUUUUAAAUAAUAAUAAAUUAAAAUCUGAAAUUAAACAUGUAUACCAAACCAAAUUACCUGAUCUAAUCAAUAAUAAUAUCCCACAUAAAAAAACUAAACAAUUAGAAAAUAAUAGAGUAGUUAUGGAAUGGAUUGUUCUUGAUAAUGAACUAUUUACUGCACCACAAAAAAAAGGAUUCUGUAGAAUGAUGGCAGUAAUUGAUCUAAAGUUUUGUCCUCCUUCUAAUCACUUAAUAAUGAAUGAUCUACUUAUAAUUCACUUAUAA